CGCUUUCGGACGCGAUCUCCGGCGUGGCACUGUCCGGAAAAAACAAAUAACCCGAACGCUACAACGGGACAUGUGGUGAAGACUUGCAAAAUCAUCAUUUGAACAAUAUAAGCAAGCGACAUCUCAAUGCAUUUUUCUAUGCAACUGAUGCAAGAAGACAACAUCAGAAGACAUCACCACCAUCUUCAGGGGUGAUUGUGGCACUGAGCAGUCCAGCAUCAUACUGACAUCAUCAUACAUCAGUGGGAAACAAAUCAUGAGUGAAGGAACAUCUGGAGACACCUCUGGUAUGGAAUUGGAGGGAGUGAUUCGGACAGAGGAAACCCCAGUGAACAUACUGGAGGAGGAGGGAACCAGCACACGGAGGAAGAAGAAGAAGAAAAAGAAAGAGAUCAUCUACCGCUCUGAUCUGGAGGAUGAGGAUGCAGGAGAAGGAACCUCAGCGGAUGUGGAUGGAACCUUUGAUCCUCCACCUGAAGAAGAAGAGGAGGAUACACCUCCCGACAGCCGUUUUGUGACCCUGACUGGCACCAUCACACGAGGAAAACGGAAAGGCCAAAUGGUAGACAUCUAUAUGACCCUCACUGAUAAAGAGUUGAGAGAUAUGGCGCGCUCUAAAGAGCGUCUAGAUGCGGAGUGUGACGGGGCCGCCGAAGCCAAGGAAAAACCCUGCACGUUAGGGAUCAGCCAAGGCCCACAUGUUCUCCUCUGGAGCCUUUCCUGCUCUCCAUUCAUCUUCCUCCUCUCCUUCAUCACGUCCUUUUACUAUGGAACGCUCACCUGGUACAACGUCUUUCUGGUUUACAAUGAAGAACGCAGCUUCCUGCACAAGAUCACAGUGUGUCCUUUGCUCAUCCUGUUAUAUCCGGUGCUGAUCAUGGCGUUGUGUGUAUGUAUGGCGGUGUAUGUCACUGUGACCCAGCUCUCAUGGGUGUUUGGAGAAUGGUGGCUGGCGGUCAGGGACCUGGAGAAGGGCUUCUGUGGGUGGAUGUGUGGGAAAAUGGGGUUGGAGGACUGCGCCCCGUACAAUGUGGUUGAGCUCCUGGACUCUGACACACUUUCCGGGACACUCCGGGGAAAGAGGAUAGAUGUUGAGGCAACUUCUGCUUUGUGAAAUGGAAAAGAUGGAAUUACUUUGAUCUUAUGAGAAGUCAUAAUAAUAGUAGGAGAUGGAAAAUUCGAAGGAAUUGUUCGAGUUGGCUCAGAAAUGCCUGACAUUUAUUGAAAUAGAGAUAAAUAAACCAAUGAUCAAUGAUCAUAUGUUUUUUUCUUAGUUUAACACCUAACCUAAACCUAACCAUAAAGUGUAACCCCUAACCUAAACCAUAAAUCUAACCUUGAUUUUAAUAGUAAAAUCACUUGUGUACUAGAGAUCGACCGAAAGUAGAUUUUGCCGAUACCGAUAACUAAGGUGGUGGAAAAGGCCGGUAACCGAUUAAUCGGACGAUUGUUUUUAAAACUGAUUUAUAAAAUAACCUAUAAAAAUGUUCCUAGUCUUUCCUUACUAUGACGGGCACAAAGAGACUACAAGAGUCCAAAGUAAAUAAAAUCCAAGAUGUUGUUUAUUGUUCAACAAAAAUCCUAAUAAUAAUCACACAUAAGAAUAAAGAUUUGGUUCAUAAUGUGGGACUUUUAACUAUAAACAAGCCCGAAACACACUAGGGACUCUUAUUUUGAAAUGACAGAGACGUGGCUCUUUUGCAAUGUUCUGUAUUCAAGUAUUCACAGAAUUAAGCUUUUUAUAGCCUAUGUUUUCACCAGAUGAAGAGUUUUAUAUGUACAGUAUAUACUUUACCAGAUGAUGUUUAUUGAGGAAUAUGGCUUAUUAUUAUUUACAAGAUAUGAAGUUGGAGACUUGAUGUAUGUGCUGACGGGACACAUUUCCAUAUAUUCAAUUUUUUUUUGUCACAUAGAUUUUUGCAGAUAAUCGCUAGUUCCAAAAAGCAACUAUCGGUGCCGAUUAAUCGGUAAAACCGAUAUAUCGUAAAACCGAUAUAUCGGUCUACCUUUAUUGUAUAUCACAGAAAACAAAGAAACUUGAGGAUUUUGAAUGAGUGUUCUAUUGUUUUUCCUACGUUUAACUCCGAUC